AUAAAGUGAAAUAGAAUGGGGUUUAAUGACCUCCUAGAAAUUGUUGGGGGGCUAGGAAGAUUCCAAGUGAUCAACACUACUUUGCUGUUGAUCCCUAUGGUUUUUAUGGCCAGUCAUAACUUUCUUCAAAAUUUUUCUGCUGCAAUACCAGCCCAUAGAUGUUGGAUACCAGGUGUGGAUAAUUCUACUACUGUUCAUUAUAACCAAAGUAGCCUGGCUGCGUUCAUACCACUGGAUGAGGAUCAGAAUACCAGGAGUUGCAAAAGGUUCAGAAAUUCGGAGCCUUUGUACUGGAAAAAUGGAACUUACAAGAAGGACACUGAAGUUUGUAAAGAUGGCUGGGUCUAUGAUAGGAGUGCCUUCUCUUCCACCAUCAUCACUGAGUGGGAUUUAGUCUGUAACUAUCGUAAAAUGAGGCAAGUAGCUCAAUCGAUUUACAUGGCUGGGGUGUUGGCCGGAGCUUUUGUACUCGGGAGUUUGUCUGACAGAUUUGGCCGAAAAGCCAUUCUGACUAGCUCCUGUCUGACCAUGGCUGUAUCUGGCACGUGCGCUGCCUUUCUUCCCAGCUUUGUUACUUACUGUGUUUUCCGGUGCCUGUGCGGGAUAGCUUUUUCUGGAAUUGUUCUUAACACCGUCUCUUUGGGUCUAGAAUGGGUGGCACCCAAAGGACGAACUGUAGUUGGUACACUCUUUGCUUAUGGUUUUACAUGUGGCCAGCUGAUUCUGGCAGCUAAUGCAUAUAUGAUUCGAGACUGGCGAUGGCUUCAGUUUAGUGUUUCUGCGCCAUAUUACAUCUUCUUCUUAACCUCAUGGUGUGUUCCUGAAUCUGCCCGCUGGAUGAUCAUAAAUGGCCGGUCUUAUCAGGCGCUUAGGAAUUUGCAAAGAGUUGCUCAAAUUAAUGGAAGGAGAGAAGAGGGGGACAAGCUUUCAGAGAAGGUUCUUAUUUCUCACAUGCAGUCUGACUUAAACAGUGUAAAGCAUGCUCAUUCGCCACUGGACCUAUUCCGCACUCCCGGAAUGCGCAAAGUCACAAUUUGUCUUAUGUUAGUCUGGUUUUCCACUAGUUUUGCUUUUUAUGGUCUUGGCAUGGACUUGCAGAAUUUUGGUGUUGAUAUUUUCCUAUUGCAGUUUAUCUUUGGAACCAUUGAUUUACCAUCCAAGCUGGCAGGUGCCAUCCUAAUGAGCUAUCUUGGGCGGCGAGUCACACAGUCUUCAUCCCUCAUACUGGCCGGUGUAGCAUUGUUGUGUAAUGCUUUUGUACCUCAAGAGAUGAAGAUGGCACGGUUGGUGUUAGCUGUGGUUGGCAAAGGUGCUAUGGCCUCCUCAUUUUGCUGUGCUUACAUUUACUCCAGUGAGCUGUUUCCUACUGUUAUUAGACAAAGUGGGAUGGGAGUUGUUGGUAUGACAGCUCGGAUGGGCUCCAUGAUUGCCCCUUUGGUGUUGAUGUUGUCAGAGAUCUCUCCAAUUUUCCCACCAGCUAUCUAUGGAGUUGCAGCUAUUAUAUCUGGGUCUGCUGCAAUAUUAUUAAGUGAAACCUCUAACCAAAAAUUACCAGACACGAUAGAUGAAGUGGAAGCCAGGUCUCAAAAGAAAACAUUAAAAAAGAUCAUCCAUAAAGAAGAGGUGCCCCUUACCCAGGGCAAGACUCCAUUUCAUCCGCAAAAAAGACUCCUGAUAGACACGGUUUAAUCAUUUCAAUGUUGGGAUGAGCAAUGACAUUGUUAUUUAACCAUGUAGAACAAUUCACUUUUAUGGUGCUUUUCAGCUUUCUGUACAUUCAGUAUAAGCAAGACUGGGUCUGUAUGGGUUUCGUCUUUGGACAUAAACAAGGUUUUCAUUAACUGGCAAUGAAGAGAGAACCUGUAAAAUAAAAUUACAAGUCCAAAUAUUAUUAUUAUUAGUGAUAAAAUGAAUGUUUAUAUCUCAUAAAUCACGACAUAUCACAUGUCGCGGAGAAUAAUUCAGAACAGGGAUAGGCUUCCUUAUUACAACAAACUAUGAUUCACUCUGAAACAGUUCAGUGAAGAAAUACUUCCAAAACCAGCGUCACUAGUUCUCUGGGUGGUCCUAGAUGGCAGCUGCCCACCCUGCUGGGCUUAAUUGAUAGGCCUCUCCCUAUUUACAUAUAAUAUGAAGCAAAAGGGACCUUAUCACUAUUUAUCACAAGCUCUAGUUCUAUCUGUUAGUGAGGGUUUUAUUAGUGGUAAGCAUAUCAUUGUAGUUCACGCUUUUUGUGAUAAGGGUUUCUGUCUAAUAGCCUUAUGGCUCAGAUUCUAAUAGAUAGAUGGAAAUGAGCCAUGCGUUGUAUAGCCAUGUAUGUUACAUUUAUUGUAGUAAACAAUUAUAUUCAUUGUACCUUGAUGAUCCAGUCACUGUCAAAUGAUGUCAAUAAUUAAAUACCUAAUAAAAUCCUUUC